UUUUUACAUAUAACUUUUUCUUUAUUUUAUUAAAAAAUAAUUUUUUCUUAUAUCAACAGAAUCAGCCAAUGCAGCCACUUGAGCCAGAACUUCAUAAAUUUCAGCAGAAUCAGCCAAAACAGGCGAUUUUCGUGCUACCAAACGAGCUCUUAGUCUAUUAACACAAAAAAAGAUUACUUUAAUAUAUAAGCCAAACAAACCAAUAAAACAAUAAAAAUAAUUUAACAUUUAAAACGAAAACAGAAACUUAAAACAAAUAAAAAAACUCAAUUCUGCUCCAUAAAAAUAGUUAGGAUUUUGAUACUAAAACAUAAUAUUGAACUAUUAUAUCAAACAUUAUAUACCAUUUUUUCAACAUGAGUUGUGACCGGAAUACGGUCACCCCGAUGUUGAGAUUGUUUAGACGCAUCCGAGUUAUGUUUUUUUUGCCUACUACAUUUUUUUCUUAUAAGUGUCACUUGCCCAAUACUCCUUCAAAACCAACCAAGCCCUAUCACCAAUCCAAUCUGGCUUCUUGUUAUGACAUCUUGCCCGACCUAUAUUUUUACUUAAUCAUUCGGAAGCACGAAAAGCAAAGCGCUUUUUAUAGCAUUUCUAUAAUAGGGUUUCCACUGAUAUUUUUGCUACACAUAGAAAACAGACGCCAAAAUUGGUUAACAACUUUAUGAUAGAUAGAUUAUUCACAUUUAAAACAUUAAUACUUUGUCAAAAGAAAUAUUAUACAUUUUAUCAUACCUCAAACAAUUGCCACCAUAGGUCACGUUGGUCAACGUUAGCAUUCUUGAAGGAUUGUCAAGCCCCAUGAAUACUUGUUAUCAUAGCGAUGAUAAAGUUGAGGACAGUUGGAUUACUACAACACCAUUAUUAAAUCAAUGAUCUAAUUCAAUUUAGGUUCUUAAGGGAAAAAAGGUUAUUAAUAUUCAGAAGUUUUACCUCUGCAUUUCGCAAUGUCUGAUCCAAAUUUUGGCUUGUGAUUGAUCCCCCCUUAAAACCUAACACCAUUGGCUUGAUCACCACCAAAGUUUCUAGAAUGGACAGUUUCAACAGACCCAUUCACAAGGGAAUUCGAGUCAGAAUCCUGGGUGUGUGGUUUUGUGAUGCCUACACCCCUUCCUCUGCCACAACCUCUGCUUGAAUUGAAAGAUCUCAAACUUUCCCUACUAGCUGGCAUCCUAUUUUAUUGCAUAACAGGAUAUUACCCAUUUUUAAACAAUUUUCUAAAUGAGUGAUGUUGAUCAACAAUUUGUGCAUGUUCACUUAAAAUUAAAGAAAUCAAACUGUUAUGGUUCUAUAAUGACAUAUAUUGAAACAGAAUGUUACAAGUAAACUUUAAAGGUUGAUGUAACCCACACAUUAUGAUGGUCUCUGGUGAGGUAAAAGUCUAGAGGGGGGGUGAAUAGACUCUUUUUUAUUAUUUAUCGACCCUCACUCCUCUUGAGACAGUGAGUUCCAAUAUCUUUUAGGAGAUAUUGAAACGUUCAGCGGAAAUCUUGUGCUCAUAAGUGUGACACUUUAUCGAAACAAAGGUUAUGACCCUUUAGUUUGAUAGAAGAUGGUUUAAAUAGUAUUCUGAUGUGUUUGUCAAAGUCAGCUACCAUAACCAGCAGGCUCCCGGACAAGGUUACUGCUUCAGUGUUGGAGACAUGAUGAAGAACUAUGGUCUAAGACAUUGUUGGACUUUUGGAAUAGACUUAACACAUAAGUAUGGAGGAUUUAGACCUACUUGGAUAUAUAUCCUUUUUUCAAUACAAGAAUGAGGAACAAAAAGACUAAGAUGUAGUAAACUUAAUAUUUCACUGAUCCAUGUUUCAGGAAGUUGUUUUAAGGCGACUGGAAAGAUGUGAAGGUGAGUGAGAAUUGUUGGUGUUGUGGGAACUGAAUAUAAAAGAUAACACAAGAUAUAUCCUGGUUCAAAGGUAGUGUAAUCCUCCUACAUCCAGUUCCACCCUCUUUGAGAUGGAUUUUCACUUAAUGAAUAUACUCAUUACAUUUAGUGUCCAAUCUAUCAUUGACCGUAGGUAAAGAUUGUGAGGUUUUCACAAGGAAUUAGAACACCAUUCCAAGUUACUUAGUCCUCCAAGAUUUUCACUAGUGGCAUUGAUAAGCCAAAAUUUACUCAUGUCCUUGAUUUUCACAUUCCUUCUCGAUUUGCUCAUAAAGCCAUCCAGAGAUUACAAACUAGUCUAGUUCACAAGAGUAAAGCUAAACUACCAAUUAACUAAGCUCUAAAGAUGUAUAUGUAUAUGAACUAUUCUAAGAGCUUAGGAGAGUGGAGUGAGAACUAAGAAGAUGAGUGGUGUUCAACAUUUUCUUCUUUGCUGGGUAUGUCGUAUAAGCUCAUUUUUCUUCUUAGAUCCACACUUAGUUUUCACGCACUCCUUCUGUAUUUAUAGACUUGGUUGUUGAAUGUCUUCCGUUGGCUAAAGAGAUUCAAUCAUGAUCGUAGGUCGAUCCACUUAACUGAAAAGGCAGCAUGGUUCUUUUAGUCUUUUUUUUGUGGCAAGUUGUGACUUUGUUUUAACUUGCUUUCCUCAUCUCAAGGUAUGUAGUUUGAGAUAAGCUUUAUCUUCUUUGGCCAUAGACAAAAUAAAAAUAGUAGCUGAUUGCUUGAUUUUUUUUAAUGCUUCCUUAGUUUAGGUCAUUGUUUGGUACAAAAAUAAAGUUAUAAGUAAUUUUUAUAGUUUUAAUAAAAAAACACUUAUGAAAAUUAUUUUUAUCUUUAUCUUUUCAGUUGACUGCAAGUUUGGUGCUCUGUAGAGAAGAGUAAAUAUUUCGGUGGCCUUGGUCCAGAACGUACGAGUCAGUAGCCAACUAAUAGUUCUGAGAAGAUUCAGUAGGGAUUGAAACCAGUCAAUUUAAAAACAUCUUUAGUAAGUAUGAUUUUUUAUAAAUUUUCUCAAUAUACAUUAAUGUCAUUCCUAUUAAAUUCAAAAUUAGAUGAAUGUUCAGGAAAAUCUUCAACGAAACCAUAUUGUAAGCAAAAAACAAAAAAAAUAUCAUCCAAGUAUUCAACCAUAGUAUCUUGAGUCUUGACACAUAACCGGAGCGUAGCUCAACUGGGAGGAACUCUCUUUUCAUCAGUUUAUGAUCAAAAGUUCAAAUUUCAAUUUACAUAUCGAUUUAGGUGAAAGUACUUUUACAUAUCAAAAAACAUUUUCAUAUCAUUUUUAUAUUAUAAUUAAUUUCCAAUAAAAAUACUACUCACUUCUUAAAUAGUUGCAACAUUAGAAAUUUUACACUUUUCAUGUGUUUUACUUUGACUCUAUUUUAUUUAUGAAUACAUUAAAAGAUUAUUUUUCAAAAAUAUAACUAAAUUCUUCUAAUUUUAAAAUUUUGAAAUGUGAUCUUUUAUAAAUUUUAUCAAAUAGAGAAUUAAAUAUAUUAGCGGUCAAAGUUGUGUAUUUACAAAUGUGAAAAUGAAAAUAUUGCAACAAAAAAUAGAGGUAUAUAAUUGGUCAAAAUUAUAAAUAUGACAAAAUUGUUGGAAUUAAGGUAGUAAGACAAUAUUAAAAAACAUGUAUGAAAGAUAAAACUAAAAAGUACAAUAAAACUUAUUAAGAAUUGAGAAGUACCAACUAGAAAAUUGACAAAAUAAAAAUAAGGAUUAUAUAGGUAAUACGUAAUAUUACAUGCAAGUGCCAUCCAUUACUACUGUUAAUUUGCUUGUCUUCUUAAAUGAAAUUUAUCUAUAGAUAGACAUAUAUUAAUGCCAAUUUAUUACUAGUACUACGUAUGUCUUUUUAAAAUGGCUCCAAGCCUCCAACACUACAGGGAAUACCAUUGCUAUCGUCAAUCUACUAUCAUAAACAAACUACAGCCAUCCAUUACUGUUGUUCAUUUAUUUACUCCUAACAAAAACAAAUUACAGCCAAACUCUGUUUCAUCCUUGUUGUAGUUUGCAUGUUCUUAAUCAUGAUUUGAUUUGAUUAAUUAUACUCCGUAGUUGAUUAUGUUUCUUCUUAAAAAACUAAUCGUACAAUACUCUCUCGGUGUAAAAGACAUGAUACCAUCACGGGCUCACAGUGUGGAAGGAACCCUAUAAACACUAUUUUCUUUAUAGCUUCAAGCUUCUGCCCAAAUCUUCCCCCGCACAUCAAAUCCAUGGAAAUGGGGGGCUCUGAAAGGACUAAAGGUGCAGUCUUGCUGGGGUUACUAUUGCUGGCGUUACUCCGAUCGGCCGCGGGUCGGUUCGUGGUAGAGAAGAACAGCUUAAAAGUUCUCUCACCUGACUCCAUCAAAGGAACUUACGAUUGUUCCCUUGGGAACUUUGGGGUCCCUCAGUAUGGGGGAAGCAUGACUGGGGUUAUUGUCUACCCUAAGGAUAACCGAAAGGGAUGUAAGGAUUUCCAUGAAUUUGGGAUUUCUUUCAGCUCUAAGCCCGGUUCUUUGCCCACCUUUGUUCUUUUCGAUCGAGGAGGUGCUGAUUUUGUUUAUCUGUCUGUUACUAUUUAAAGGAUUGAUAACUGAUAUGAGGUUCUUACUAUUUAAAGCAUUUAGUUAGUUAUGGAGUUGUCCACACUGACCUUGAUGUGGGUAGGAUUUUGAUGAAAUUGGACAUACCAUAUUAAAGAUGCUAAGGUAAUUUUAUAUUGUUUUGAGCAAAAAGGGAAGAAACUAUUCUGGAAUGCUCAGAAGGCUGGUGCUUCGGCAGUUUUAGUCGCGGAUGAUGUGGAUGAACGGUUGAUUACCAUGGACUCACCGGAAGAGGAUGGGUCUUCUUCAAGCUAUGUGGAAAACAUAACCAUUCCAUCUGCACUUGUGGAGAAAAGUUUCGGGGAGAAGAUGAAGAAAUCAUUAACGGAGGGAGAAAUGGUCAAUGUGAAUCUUGAUUGGAGAGAAUCAGUCCCACAUCCAGAUGAUCGGGUUGAGUAUGAGCUUUGGACAAACAACAAUGAUGAGUGCGGGUAUAAGUGUGACAUGUUGAUGAGGUUUGUGAAAGAUUUUAAAGGAGCAGCGCAGAUCUUAGAGAAAGGUGGAUACACAGAAUUCACCCCACAUUAUAUAACAUGGUAUUGCCCUCAGGCUUUCACUGUGAGCAAGCAGUGCAAGUCGCAAUGCAUUAAUCAUGGAAGAUAUUGUGCUCCUGAUCCUGAACAGGAUUUUAGCUCAGGUUACGAUGGGAAGGAUGUUGUUGUUGAAAAUCUAAGGCAGCUUUGUGUUUUCAAAGUUGCAAAAGAGACUAAAAAGCCAUGGGUUUGGUGGGAUUAUGUGACAGACUUCCAAAUUCGGUGCCCCAUGAAGGAAAAAAAAUAUAACAAGGAAUGUGCUGAUGGUGUCAUCAAAUCCUUAGGUCUUGAUAUGCAAAAGAUAGAGAAGUGCCUUGGAGAUCCCAAUGCUGAUUCUGAUAACCCUGUUUUGAAAGAAGAACAAGAUGCUCAAAUUGGUAAAGGGUCUCGUGGUGAUGUGACCAUAUUGCCCACCCUUGUUGUCAACAAUAGGCAGUACAGAGGGAAGUUAGCAAAAGGUGCUGUAUUAAAGGCAAUCUGUUCUGGUUUUGAGGAAACGACUGAGCCUGCUGUUUGCCUUAACGGAGAUAUAGAGACAAAUGAGUGUUUAGACAACAAUGCUGGCUGCUGGCAAGACAAAGCUGCCAACGUAACAGCCUGCAAGAUACUUUUCGUGGAAGAGUGUGUGAGUGCCCCUUGGUUGAUGGUGUGCAGUUUAAAGGAGAUGGUUACAACUCUUGCUACGGCAAUGGACCCGGACGGUGUCACCUCAACCACGGGGGGUGUUGGCAUGAAACUAGGAAUGGACACAGCUACUCGGCUUGUGUGAUUAAUGGAGAAGGGAAUUGCACUUGUCCUCCUGGAUUCAAAGGUGACGGUAAGAGUUGUGAAGAUAUUGAUGAGUGCAAAGAAAAGAGAGCUUGCCAGUGCCCUGAAUGCAGCUGCAAGAAUACGUGGGGUGAUUACGAAUGCUCUUGCAGUAAUGACCUUUUGUACAUGAGAGAUCAUGAUACAUGCAUAAGUAAGACAGCCACCCAAGUCAAAUCUUCUUGGGCUGGUGUUUGGAUAAUUUUGAUAGGAUUAGCUGCCGUUUCUGGUGGGGCAUAUCUCAUAUACAAAUAUAGGCUGAGAACAUAUAUGGACUCAGAGAUUAGGGCCAUAAUGGCACAAU